AUGCCGCGGCCAGGACGGUACGUGCUCCUAAGUAACAAGGAUGAAUACUCCUCCGACAAUUGCAAUUCCGACUUGGACGAUGUUGAAACUAAUAUUCCGGAUCGUGAUGCUACAGCAGAUUCUAACUGCGACUUGGUUGAAGAAACGUGCGCAGCCACCGUACGUCAUCCAACAAGAAUUUGGUCCGAAGGAUUGGAAACCGACCGGAGUGAAUCAGCUUCAAAACCUGAUGACCGGGGCCCCAGUUCAGGCAUCAAUCCGGAUGCACACAAGCAGAAGACAAUCGAUUCAUUUAACAGAUUUGGUAUCUGGCUUACCGACGCACUUGCUGCUUACCAAAAAGGUGAGGUGCCACCGUCCUUUUCAAACAUUGGCACUCCAAGCGAACGUGUCGAUCAGGCUGCGUCAUCUCCUAUCCCAGAGCGCCAGCCACCGGUCUCCGAGAAAGCAUUACCAGUUACUUACGGUGCAUCAAAUAACAUUCGCUGGGAUCAUGUCCGUCGUUUCCCGGAGAACAUACCAGCGAACAAGAUGUGGGAAUCGUGGUGCCGGUUCUUUCAGAACUUUGAAAUGGCAGCCUCGCUCGGAAAUGCCCACUCAUCUAGACAAAAAGCUCAGCUUUUGUACAUCUCUUUGAGCGAUCAACUUCAAGGAAUCGUGAAUGCUUUUUACUUGAUGCCAGACCUCUCUAAUCCAUCCUGCUUCGAAGACUUUGUUAAAAACAUUGAAAAGCAUCUCUUGUCUAUGACAGACACCUCGGCGGAGCACGAUAGUUUUCAAGCGAUGAAGCAAGGUGUGGACGAAUCUGUCGUCACGUUCCACUCCAGAUUAGUGGAAAAAGUACGCCUUUGCGGGUACAGUCGCGAAGACCAAGAGAAAUUUGUCCGAACUCAACUCUUGAAGGGCAUUACCAACCGAGACGUUGCAAAAUUCGCCAGAUUAAGUGGCUCUGAUGUCAACUUCAUCGUGCAGUCUGCCACACGAGAAGAAGCCGCAAACAUUGAAGCGAGUUCGUCUAGUAGCGCAUUCAUGAUAAAUCAUAGGCAUAAAGCAUCAUAUCGUCAGCCGCUCAGACGUAACGAUAAUUUCCGUAGAAACUUCAAAAAUCCACCACCUAAGCGAUCUCGGUUUGACGACGACUCCAGGGAGAAUCAGCGCCCUCGUUGCCCAAGCUGCAAUCAUGGUAGUCAUCGUUCCAGUACAUGCCCUGCUCUAGGUUUGGUUUGCAAAAGUUGUGGCAAAAAGGAUCACUUCGCAAGAUGUUGCCCGAAUCGGAGACUUAGAGCAAUAGAGUCAGAUCCAAAAUGUUUCGUCGUCCCUGAAAAGAAGGAAAAUGAAGAGAAUAUCUGUGCACUAUCCCUCAACGAUGUGCUUAUAAAAUGUAGCGUAGGGUCCUCAAACCCAAUCGAGUUCCUAAUAGAUUCCGGUGCAGAUGUGAACAUACUCGCGGGAAAAGACUGGGUAUGCUUAAAGAGUCAAUUUGAUCAGGGCCAAGUAGAACUUCAACUGGUAGACCAUUCCCAGUACAAUGAUCUUCGCGCAUAUGCUUCGAAUACCCCGAUUCCUUUGGAAUGCGCAUUUGUAGCUACAAUCUACGCCGUCGGGUACAAAAAACCAAAAAUUCAAGCGGAAUUUUUAGUCGUACAGAAUGGCCGUUGUUCGCUCCUUGGGCGUAAGACAGCAAGUGACCUGAGACUUCUAGAAGUUGGAGCAUCGGUGAACAUUUGUGAGACUCUUCCCGAGAAAGAUAUCUUUCCAAAAGUACCGGGUGUGAAGGUAAGAUUUAGCAUCGAUAGAAAUAUUCCGCCCGUACGGAACGCCUAUUACAAUGUUCCCGCGGCACUUCGGGAUGGGGCUCGCCAGCGACUAGUAGACAUGGAAGCCCGAGGAAUAAUUGAGAGAGUACCUAAAGCCCCAGAGUGGAUAAGCGGCAUGUCUGCAGUCCCCAAGGGAAAGAACGACUUUCGCCUCGUGGUCAACAUGCGAGCCCCAAACACAGCCAUCAAGCGAGAAUAUUAUCGUCUACCCUUAAUCGACGAAAUGAAAGUGAAACUGCACGGGAGUAAGUUCUUUUCUAAACUGGACUUAAGUAACGCGUUUUAUCACCUGGAGCUUGACGAGGAAUCGAGAGAACUCACAACUUUCUUGUCCGAGGGGGGCAUGUAUAGGUUCACGCGUCUAAUGUUUGGAGUCAAUUGCGCUCCUGAAGUGUUCCAGAAGGAGAUGUGCAGAAUAUUGCAGGAUAUACCAAAUAUUAUCGUCUAUAUAGACGAUAUACUGAUAUACGCUUCAGGACUAGAAGAGCUUCGAUCAACAGUAGCCGCAGUUACGAAAACCUUGGAGGAAAACAAUCUUACGCUCAAUAGAGAAAAGUGCGAGUUCGAUAAGAGAGAAAUAAAAUUCCUAGGUCAUCUGCUUAACGAACAGGGGUUUCACAUUGAGGACGAGAAAAUAAGAAACAUACAACAAUUUCGAGAGCCCACAACAGCAUCUGAGUUACGAAGUUUCUUAGGCUUAGCAUCAUUUGUGAGUCCUCACAUACAACACUUCUCUGAGAUAUCUAGCCCACUUUGGGCGGUUGCGACAACCAAAUCGUGGAGCUGGGGUCCAACUGAAUCGAAAGCUUUCGAAGAAAUGAAGGAAAAGAUUAUCAAAUGCACAACCACAUUAGGAUACUUCAGUAAUGAAGAUCGCACUAUCUUGUAUACAGAUGCAUCCCCAAUGCUCUAG